AUGUUACGGAGGACCCUCAAACGCUGCUUAUCGACCCUUGCUUCGAAGCCAACACACUCCGUUUAUAUUUCACGUUCAACCAACCCAUUCGUCAACCUCGCUUUUGAAGAUUGGCUAUUUAGAAAUGCUCCAGUUGACUCGCCUCUGCUAUUCCUCUAUCAAAAUGCACCCUGUGUAGUAAUUGGCAGAAACCAAAACCCAUGGAAAGAGGUCAACCUGGAAACGCUUCGGUUCCGUAAUGUGCCUCUAGUGCGGAGACGAAGUGGAGGGGGGACAGUCUACCAUGACUUGGGCAACACAAACUUCUCCAUUCAUCUGCCUAGGCGGACUUUUGACCGAAAGGCGACCGCGAACAUUGUGCUGCAGGCUGUUCGAGCAAUAGGCAUUCCUUCUGCUCGGAUAAACGACCGCAACGACAUUUACGUCGCCUCUAACAAGAUGACCACCACGUCUCUGGCUCCGCAUACAAAAUCGUGUCAACGCGGGCCUAUCAUCAUGGGACAAUGCUACUCUCUUCGCGGCUCGAUAUGCUGGGAGACUUGUUACAUGUGGAUAAAGUACCCAACAAUGAAAACCGCUGGUGUUGCAUCUGUUCGCGCUCCGGUCACCAAUCUCCAGAUGUUCAAUACCCGCGCAGAGCACAAUCUCUUCACACAACUUGUUGUCGAACAGUUUCGACGUGUUUACGAACUUGACGGAGGCACAAAUACGACGUUUAUAACACAAUAUGUGGAUGAAGAGGCGAUGGUCGGGUUGGAUGAUGUUCGUCAGAGUGUUGAGGAAACACAGACCUGGGAGUGGUUAUAUGGUCAAACCCCACAAUUUACAUAUACCAUAGGAGAAAACUUUACUUGGGGCUCAGUUACCGCGGAAGUCGUUGCCAAGCAUGCUCGUAUCGGAAGCUGCACCCUCAAACUUACUUCCGAUUCUUCACAUCCCAUAGAAUCGCAGGAUGUGUUGCGUGAAAUCGAAAAGUCGGCUGUGGGUCAAGUCUAUGGGAGUUGGCCUUCACCACCUAUCGCAGGAGAUGUUGGAAUAAAGCGGGACAUAGAGACAUGGUUGGUACAAAUGCUACGAUAA